AUGUCUUCCUCAAUCUUCUUCAAGUUCAAGUCUCGCAAGGAUGUGCUGCAGAUCAACUUCGAUGGAACCAGUCUGUCCGUGUUUGAGGUCAAGCGGGAAAUCAUGAGCAUCGCCCGCCUCGGUGAUGGAAAGGACGUCGAUCUUGACAUUUAUACCUCUGACACGAUGGAAAGCUACGACGACGACACCACACAGAUUCCGCGCUCGACAACAGUAAUUGCGCGCCGCCUACCCGCUUCAAGACCGGGUGCUGGGAGAGCUGCGCGCUAUGUGACCGGCCAAAUGCCACUUCGCGCCAAAAACCAGCACCGUGUUGAAUCAUCGGCAACAACAAGUGGCAAGAGUGCAGGGUUCGGGGAGGGAAGCGCGUCGAUGACGGAGCAGGAGAGACUCCAAGCUGUAAUGAAUGCUAGCAAUAGCCAAUUGAAAGCAGAUCUCGAGCAGUCAGGCAACAAGCCUACGCCGCACCGCAACUACAACAAGUCGGCUGCAAUUCCUGACAAACCUCCACCAGCAGGCUAUGAGUGUCAUCGUUGUGGAAAGAAGGGUCACUGGAUUCAAGCCUGUCCCACCAACAAUGACCCAACGUUUGACAACAAGCCGCGACCCAAGAAGACCACAGGCAUUCCGCGGUCUAUGCUYGAGUACAUUGAUGACGAGGAGGCAGAGAAGAUCAAGAAUGGAGAGAUUGAGCAGGGACAGGGAAUCUGGAAGGACGGGGAUCGUUAUGUCAAGGUGAAGAACGAUGAGGCUACGUGGCAGAAGAUCCAGGAUCAGAGGAUUGCUAUUGCAGAGCAGGUGAAGGAGAUCGCAAAAGGCGACGAGGAACUUCGUAAGAUGGGCUUGGAGUGUGAUAUUGACAAGCGACCAUUUGCGGAUCCUGUCAAGACCCCCUGUUGUGGGAAGACGUAUUGUCGUGAUUGCAUUGAGAAUACACUUCUUGACUCCGAUCUUCUUUGUCCGAACUGUGGAGAGCAAGCACUGCUCGAUAAGUUGGAGCCCGAUUAUGAGGUUGCGAAGAAGAUCAGUGCCUUUGAAGCAGAGAAGAAAGCCGAGAAGCUCCGUAAGGACAAGGAGACAAGCAAGUCUCCCGUUACUGGUACACCCACAGCUGAAGCCGCCAUCAAGUCACCUGAAGGCAAGAAGGAUGCCGUGGAUUCUCCUGGCUCUACUACAAGCAAUUCCAAGAAGCGUGCUGCUGAGGAGGAAUUAGAAAACACUCGUCGUCCUGCCGUGCCCACUGGACCUCGAAGCAUGACCAACAACACACAACAGCAAGCAAACAACGGCAACCAAAUGUCAGCUUUCCACAGCCAGAUGAACGCCAUGUCCGGUGCAAUGAUGAACCCAAUGAUGAACCCCAUGAUGGGUUUGGGAAUGGGCAUGCCGCCGAUGGGAAUGCCAAUGGGCAACGGAAUGGGAAUGGGCAUGCCGAUGGGCAUGAACAUGGGGAUGCCAGGCCCGAUGAUGGGAGCCGGCAUGGGCAUGGGAAUGGGCAUGGGAAUGGGAAUGGGAAUGGGAGGAGGAGGGUUUGGCGGGAUGAAUGGUGGUGGGAUGAUGGGCGGCCCGCAAGAUCAGCAGGCCUACUUUCGACAGCCGGUCAACCCACAGCGAUUUCGGGGCAAGCAGAGAAGACAGAGGAGCCCGAAUUUCAAGCAGGUGUGA